AUGCUUUUUUUGUUUGCAACUUCUAAGUCAGAAAAUUCCAUAAUUGGUUACCAAGUAGUAAAGAAGCAUGUAACAAAGGCAUUAGGAGAUGCAACAAAAUCGUUACUAUUAACAUUUAAAACUAAGAAAACACUUGGCCUAUUCCUCAAAUUUUCAAUAUAUAAAAGAUUGAGCUGGAACAGUUGGCAUCAUUUAUGGACCAUACGGAAAAACACACGCCGAGUUUUAUCGGCUUUCAAAUGA